AUGGUGAGCGAGCAGCGGUACUUGGAGGCCUCCCACGUCCACAUCCAAGCGUACGGCUACAACCCCUCCUCGCCGACAUGGGACUCUACCCCCGUCCCCCGCCGCGCCGCCUUCGCGCCCCUCAAGGCCAUGGUCGACGAGGCGCCGCUCACCCUCGACGGGGUGAGCAUCGCCGUGCGCCAGAUGCCGACGUCGCGCGAGGCGGAGCUGAGUGGGUUUGCGGUCAUCAAGGAGAUUCCGGGCGUGGGGGUGACUAUUAAUGGGUACACUGUGCCGCACAUUGCCAUGCCCAUUGUCCUCGAACGCAUCCACGCCUGCGCGCUCUCGGCAGUCAACCUGAGCUUCACGCCGAGCCCCGUGUCGCUGCGGCAAGUGAUGCUAGGGCUCCUGCGCCCUGCGUUUCCUCUGCGGUCAGUGCGGCUCAGCAUCCCCCUGUCGCCGGGGGAGGUGCCGGCGCUGUGUGACUUCCUGCGCACUCGCGCGCGCGGGCUAGAGCAGCUCGAGCUCAACGGCGGGUUGCUGGCCGCAGACGACAUUGGCGCAAUCGCCGUGGCGCUGCACGCAAACGGCACAAUCACCCGCCUCGACCUCUUUGACAGCGGCGCGCUCACGCGACUCCAGUGGAUCAAGGUGCUCCGCCGCGCGCAGGACCGCGGGCGGAUCGCCGUCGAGGCGAGACAGUUUGCAAAGUACGCCCCCGGGAGUGGGAGUGAGGAGAUCUCGGCGGCGCUCGCAGAGUGGGCGAUCAGCGGCGGGUUUGUGUGGGCGCACGAGUAUGCGCCGGUGUGA